AUGAGUCUUUCCUAUAGACUACUUGAUUCUUCAAGCGUGGAAGAACUGAAACAUGUACAACGGCUCAUAGACGCCGAUCUGAGUGAGCCAUAUUCCGUGUACGUGUAUCGAUAUUUCCUGAACCAGUGGCCGCAGUUAUGCUAUUUGGCUUUUGAGGAGAAUGAAAGAGACCCGGUUGGAUGCGUAGUGUGCAAAUACGAGGAACAUCGAGGUGCAAGACUGCGAGGAUAUAUCGGUAUGUUGGCCGUUGCACAGCAAUUCCGUAGGCGCGGAAUUGCCAAAGAGUUGGUGGCUAUUGCCAUCGAGAAGAUGCAGACGUUAGGGUGUGACGAGGUUAUGCUGGAGACGGAGGUGGAAAAUACCACGGCAUUGAGCCUUUACGAAGGGUUCGGAUUUAUUAGGUUGAAAAGGAUGUUCCGGUAUUAUUUGAACCAAGGCGACGCUUUUAAGUUGAUCUUACCCCUCACAGAGAAGAGCUGCACGCGCUCGACGUUUCUGUUGCAGCCGGAAACAGCUUUGGGGCUGGGGUGA